AUGGACGACAACGAAGUUACGCCUCUGGCCACCCGCCAUCUGCCCGACGAUGUGUCUCUACCAAGUCCCAUCCAGCCCCAUCUCGACACUCUGUUUGCCGAAUUCGCUCGCACUCGCACAAGAAUCUCGCCGCCGAGAUCUCCUUCGCUUCGGUCUCAUCCGUUACAGCGGCAUUCUCGCAAUGCAUCGAAUCUGAAGCCUACUCCGACCAUCGAUCUUCGCGCACUCGACUAUGUCACGGAAUAUGAACCCCACUUGAUGUGCCCUAUUUGUCAUGUUCCGUUCGUCGAACCAGUCGUCCUGGAAUGUGACCACACAUUCUGCAGUUCCUGCCUGAAAGAGUACCGUGAAGGGGCCAGUGCUGGUUUACGAUCACAGUGCCCUACAUGUCGGUCUUUCCUCCUGUCUGGGCCUCGCAAAGCCUCGCGGUUAAUCGUCAACAUGUGCAACGAGAUCCGAGUACGAUGUCCGAAUGAAGACUGCGAAGAGAUUGUGCCCAGAGGAGCCGUUGAGCGACAUGCUACAAAAGAAUGUGAGCACGAAAGACUGAAAUGCCCAGAUGCGGAAUGCGACCGGUUGGUGAAGAGAAAAAACUACGUCCCUAACCAGUGCAUACACACUUCUCAAAUUGAAUGUGACUGCGGGGCGGUGAUUGAGCUCGGCCGCGGAGAAUGGCUGAAACACAAGGAUGAAGACUGUCCAAACACAGGUGUGGACUGCAAGCAAUGUGGGAAACGCAUCUCGGCCAAGGAGUGUCUUGCAGAAGAUCAAAGUCACGUCUGCAGUUCCGAGGAGCAAGAUGUAUGUCCAGGCAGACAUUAUGGAUGCGCAGAGGAUGUACAGGACGAAGAUUUGAGCGAGCAUAUCAAGUCGUGUCCAAUGGCUCGUAUGGCGCCAUAUUUGCAGAGACAGUCAAACUUACUGCACUCCCUACAAGAGCAGUUGACGAUGGUCAAGGUCCGAAACGAAAUUCUGGAAACAGGGUUUGAAAAGUUAAAUGACAUCGUCAAUGAUCGAGUGCUACACCGUCUAGACCAGUCGGAUCAUUCUCCUGCUGGUGAAGCGUCGGAUAUCGAAGAAAUCGAAAGGGACGAUAUUCCCUCAGCAGUAUCACAUCGGGACCUUGUCAUGCCCGCACAUCUUCGAGCACUGACGCCUUCGCCUGAUCUGAACGUCGCCUCCAUCUCUCAGACACAACAGCAACUCUUGGCAAAUCACGAGUCCCUGCGCGGAAACGUGUCGAACAUGGAGCAAGACAUUGCAGCCCUCCACAACCACAUAUCGGACCUUGAUGCGCGCACGUCGAUGCAGAUUAUGAAUGAGACUCUGCGAAUCAAAGAGGACCUCGCCCAUACCAAUGCUGCCCUAUUCAGCACCAGGGCGCAGGUGCAGUGGCUCUUGAACAGAGAGAGAAUCGGCCAACAACAACAAGCAAUGCGUGGCCGUACACCGUCAACUCAACCUCAACCUCCUCAUGCAGCUCAGUCCGCCCGGAGUUCAAUGUCGGAAGGUAAUGAUGUUUCCAACCUGGGGACGAGCUUUGACAGUCAGCCGUCGUCGAGUAGUGUGGCACCCAGUCCAAACUUCCGUCCUCAGAUCAGGAGGUUGAGUGGAGGUAGCCAGGAGAGAGUUAAGCUGUGA